AUGCUGAGCCAUGAAGCUGCUGAGUCCACGACCAAGGUAGGCCUGGGCCACAGUAUUGCUGUGGGCAUCGGACGGGACAAGUUGUCCGGAACGACGUUGGCAGAUGGAUUGAGGUUCUUCUUUAACCAUAAAAAGACCAAAAGGAUCAUUGUCAUCGGAGAGAUUGGUAGCGAGGCAGAGCUGAAGGCGGCAGACUUGAUCAAAGGGUACCGCCGUGCGACGCCGAACCCCAAGUCCAUCAUCGCCAUGGUCGCCGCCGAUGGCGCGUUCCCUUCCUCGAAGCGCAACAUCUACGCCGAGGCAAAGGUGAAAGCUCUGGAAGAUGCUAGUGCUGUUGUCGUUCCACAUCCUGGUGUGAUGGGCCAGACCAUGAUGGAGCUUCUUGGGAAGAGAUGA